AUGAAGCUGCUGCUGCUGCUCUCGCUGGUGGGCUUGGCCGUGGGUCAGGCGAUCAUUUCGAAGCCCGCGGAGACGAACGACGUCGGUGUCAAUCAGGGUGUGCUGAAUCAGGUGCCGCAAGAGGACGUGGAACAAGCUGAGGAUAAAAAAGUUGACAAGAGAAGCUACGGCUGGAACCCGUGGAUCUGGCCGUCCUACGGUCACGGCUGGUCUGGACACGGUCACGGAUGGUCCGGACAUGGAUGGCCAUCGUAUAGUCACGGAUGGUCAGGACACGGCCACGGUUGGCACGGUGGAUGGUCAGGACACGGACACGGCUGGCACGGUGGCUUGAGCUACGGUUGGCCCAUCUAUAUCAGCAGCGGACACGGCUGGCACGGUCAUGGUGGAUGGCAUAGCAAGUGGUGA